AUGUAUGCCAAACGUUCUUCUUCCCCUCCAACCUCCCUUGCCCAUUCGGCUCUCUCCCCGCCAGAGACAUUCCCGUUUCCAGCCUUUGCAUCAACGUUCCGUUCCUCUAACCAAGAUUCUUCCGAUGCCACAGAACCGAGACUGACAGACAACAACAGCCGCAGCGUUUCUCCUAUUCCUCGUUCCAACAUAGUAUUGCGACAGCACCUCUUUUCAGCACUUGAACUUGGCGAUUACUUCCUUCGACAACCGCGCUCUAUCCGUUCGGCCGAUGACCUCGACGACACACAAUUGAAGCGAUGCUUCGAGAUACUUCACGCGUGCCACAUGGCCUCCGAUGAUGGCGUGACGUUUGCUGAAACUAGUUGUACCAUGGAAGAGUUUCUGAAGGCUGUGUUCAGAGAUUGGGCGUCGGAUGACAAGGGAGAAAUGUCCAAGCCAAAGAUGGACUUUGUUGUCAGAGGGUACCUGAAAGUUGGCUACAUCUGCAGCCAACCAAGCGACCAUCGAACCUUUUCGGCCUGUACUGAGUCUUCGAACUGCGAAACUCCCGUCUUCGGCGUCGCCACCUACAAGACCCAACCAGCACAACUCAGCAUCACUUUCACAACAGAAAAACCAUCCGAUCGUCCAAAGGAACCUCUACAAGGCCUGUUCUGCCCUUUUCAACGACACGAUGUUCGCCUCCAAGAGGGAAACGACUGGGUAAUUGAGUUGAGGCAGAACAUGAAGAGCUCUUGCGAGAAAAGGGUGUCUAUAUACAACAAACGUCUUGCUAUAUGGCAUGCAAGAGCCCUGAUUAAGGACUGGGCGAAGGGAAGUAUCUGCAUGGGUAGGGACGUUGAAGUCCUUUCUUUCGUACUGAAGGAAGCAGUUGAUGCCAACUUUGCUAUGAUGGGGCAGGUUUGA